AUGGAAAUAAGGUCACAUGCCCUUACUGAUCAUGGUGUUAAUCGCGGGGAAAUCCUAACUUGUGGGGAGAUAAGAACUGAAUAUUCUACCCAAACCCCAGAAAAGAGUAACUCGAUUGAUGCGGUGCAGGGCGUUGUGACAAGGUCCCAGUUUUGGGGUGGGGACAAACUCAAGGCACCUCUUAAGGUCCUAACAUGCCCAAAUAAUACAUUGGUCGCGACAGAAGAGUUAAAAGCAGCACAAAAACGUGAUCCAACUUUGAAGCGAGCCCGGGAAUUGGCUACGAAGGGAGUGGAAAUCAAUACAGGCACUUCAAAUAUCUGUCGUUUCCUUUUUAAAAAAGGAUUGUUGUAUCGUCAUUUCCACUCUCCGUCAUUAGAAUUUGGGAGGACUUUUAAACAACUGGUGGUGCCAUCAGCUUUUCGUCUGGAAGUUAUGAAGCUGGGGCAUGACUCAAUCCUUGCAGGCCAUUUGGGUACCCAGAAAACUCUCAAUAAGAUUUUUACCCAGUUUUAUUGGCCAGCAAUGCAUGAACAAAUUAAAAGAUAUUGUCGAUCAUGCGACAUUUGUCAACGUACCAUCCCAAAAGGGAAAAUAGGGAAGGUCCCUCUUGGUACAAUGCCAUUAAUAGAUGUACCAUUUAAAAGGGUGGCGAUGGAUCUUGUAGGGCCCAUCAAACCAGCCACUACAAAGGGUCAUCAAUAUAUCUUAACUGUGGUCGAUUACGCAACUCGUUACCCAGAGGCUACACCUCUGAAACGGAUUUCAACAGAGGUUGUAGCUGAGGCAUUAUUCACUAUAUAUUGUAGAGUAGGAUUUCCAGAACAAGUACUUACAGACCAGGGUACACAGUUCGUGAGUGAUGUGAUGAGGGAGGUCAGUAGGCUGUUGUCAAUCAAGCAGCUAACCACUACUCCAUACCACCCUCAAUGCAAUGGCCUUGUAGAGCGUUUUAACGCCACUUUAAAGGGCAUGCUCAAGCGCAUGUGUAGUGAACGCCCGAAAGAUUGGGAUCGGUAUAUAGCACCUUUGUUGUUUGCGUACCGCGAGGCUCCUCAGGCUAGUUUAGGCUUUUCCCCCUUCGAACUAUUGUAUGGCAGGACCGUAAGAGGCCCUAUGACCAUACUUAGAGAAUUGUGGACAGGGGAGGCUACCAGUCCUGAAGUCCUCAAUACCUAUGAGUAUGUGCUUAAUCUGAGAAAUCGAUUAGAAACUACUUGUCAGAUAGCACAGCAGGAACUAACAAAGUCAAGUGAGAGGUAUAGAUCGCAUUUCGACAAAAAAACUAAACCUCGGAAGUUCGAAGUUGGUGACCAGGUUUUGCUUUUGCUACCCACCUCUGCAGACAAACUGCGUAUGCAAUGGCAAGGUCCAUAUAAAAUUAAAGAGCGGGUAGGGCAGGUGGACUAUCGCAUAGACAAAAAUGGUAAACUGAAGUUGUAUCAUAUCAACAUGUUAAAAAAGUAUGAGGAAAGAAGGAGUUUUGACAACUGUGAGAAAGAUUCUAUCACACAUUCACAAGUGGGUACUGCAGGGCUAUUAACAUGCAUAUCUACUGGCAUGGUUGUAACUCCACCAGAUGAUCAGAGAGAGGAUGGUCCUGAAUGUCGGUCUCCUGACAUAAUAGAAUUUGUGCCCCUUUUAGGGGAGGAGACAAUUGAAGAUGUGCAUUUAGGCCCAGAUCUCUUGGAGAGUCAGGUAAUGGAAAUCAAAUUAAUUUUGAGAAAGUUUACAAAAACUUUAACAGACUUGCCUGGACAGUCGAAGGUUGGGUGCCAUGAUAUAAAGUUGACGACAGAUCAACCAAUCAAGUGCAAGGCAUAUGCAAACCCCUUCGCAACCCAGAAGUUGGUCAUUAAGGAAGUGGAAGAUAUGUUAAAGAUGGGCAUCAUAGAACGGUCAGAUUCACCCUAUGCUGCUCCUAUUGUCUUGAUUAAGAAAAAAGACGGAAAGAUUCGUUUUUGUACAGACUUCCGUCGUCUUAAUCAAAUAACCGUCUUCGAUGCCGAACCAAUGCCUAACCCUGAGGAGUUAUUCUCCAAUCUUGCUGAGGGUCGAUACUUGACAAAACUUGACUUGACCAAGGGUUUUUGGCAAAUACCCUUGACCCCUGGGUCAAAACCUAAAACUGCUUUUCUCACUCCACUUGGGUUGUUCCAGUAUAGGGUUAUGCCCUUUGGCUUGGUCAAUAGUCCCAGUACGUUCUCGAGAAUGAUGAGGGUUAUUCUCGGGGGUAUGCAUGGAAAGGUCGUCAAUCUGGUAGACGAUAUAUUGAUAUACAAUAAACUAUGGGAAGAUCAUGUGUGCACCCUUGCUGAGGUUCUACAGCGUCUUCAAGAGGCUGGUUUAACAGUUAAACCAUCAAAAUGUUAUAUUGGUUUUUCCCAACUUGAAUUUGUCGGCCACGUCGUAGGGUAUGGUGAGUUGCGGACCAUGCCCAGUAAAAUCAAUGCCAUGCAAAAUGCGCGAAGACCAGAAACAGUUACCCAAGUAAGGGCCCUGCUAGGAUAUGCGGGAUAUUAUCGCAAAUUUGUACCCAAUUUCACAGCUAUCGCUGCUCCUUUGUACGAUCUAACCCGAAAAGGUCUGCCGAAAAAAGUAAUUUGGGAGAAGGUUCAUCAGCUCGCCUUUGAACAACUAAAACAUGCUCUUAGCAAUCCCCCAAUCCUUAAAUUGCCAGACUUUAAUCGUACAUUUGUUCUGAGAACUGAUGCUGCUGAAGUGGGGCUAGGGGCGGUUCUGCUUCAAUAUUACGAUGAAGUAGCCUUUCCUGUGGCAUUUGCAAGCCGAAAACUAACUAAAGCAGAGGUAAAUUAUGCGGUAAUAGAGAAGGAAUGUCUUGCGUUAAUAUGGGGCCUGCGAAAAUUUCAACAGUACCUUCAUACUGCUAGUUUCUGGAUUGAAACCGAUCACAAACCACUGAUAUAUAUGAAAAGUGCAAAAUUUACUAAUAGCAGGAUUAUGAGAUGGGCGUUGUAUAUGCAAUCAUUUUGA